AUGCUGGGAGCCGGCGGGCGGGCUGGCGGCGGACGGCUGGGGGACUUGUUGUUCUUCGCGAAGUCCGAACCCGAGCGCGCGGCGGAGGCGGCGGCCCAGGGGGAGCGCGAGUGAGCGCGAGGAGAGCGCGUGCCCGCGAGGAGCCGCCGCGCGCCCGCGCCCCCGUGCGACGUCAGGUGCAGACGUCUGAGCUCAGAGGGAGAGUCAGAACAGGAAGCAACAGCUGCUCACACCCGGCGUCACCCCAAGGCGCUGGCGCUCGCAGCACAGGCCCGGCGGGCAGCGUGGGACAGCCGUGUGGCUGCCGGGCACUGGGACAAGUGACGAUUUCCAAGCAGUUCUGUCUGGGUGCUGUUCCAGGUUAUGACGACUAACCCCAAACCAAACAAGGCGUUAAAGGUCAAGAAGGAGGCGGGCGAGAACGCCCCGGUGCUCAGCGACGAUGAGCUGGUAUCCAUGUCGGUGCGGGAGCUGAACCAGCACCUGCGGGGCCUCACCAAGGAGGAGGUGGUCCGUCUGAAGCAGCGCCGGCGCACGCUCAAGAACCGCGGCUACGCCGCCAGCUGCCGCAUCAAGCGGGUGACGCAGAAGGAGGAGCUGGAGCGGCAGCGCGUGGAGCUGCAGCAGGAGGUGGAGAAGCUGGCGCGUGAGAACAGCAGCAUGAAGCUGGAGCUGGACGCCCUGCGUUCCAAGUACGAGGCUCUGCAGACCUUCGCCCGCACCGUGGCCCGCGGGCCCAUUGCACCCACCAAGGUCGCCACCACCAGUGUCAUCACCAUCGUCAAGUCUGCUGAGAUCUCCAACUCCGUACCCUUCUCGGCUGCCUCCUAGUGCCCGGCCGAGGGUUGGGCGAGGGGGCCGGUGGGGGGGAGGGGAGGGAUGUCCCUUGUGCUCGUCACAGGGUCCCAGGGGGAACACACCCCUGAUCCCCUGAGUCAAAGUGCAGACUCCACGGGGCUCCCAGUGGGGCGAGGUCAUGGGGGCCUGAUGAAGAGUUAGGGGCUUGUGAACCCGUGUACCACACGCCUGCCCACACACGCACGCACACACAUGCACACACAUGCACCCGGCCUUCCUCUGGGCCCUGCCAGCUCUCUCCAGACUGUCUGUUUUCAGGGGCCUGUGUCUUUUGGGGGAGUUGGGAUGUAGGCAAGGAAGGUCCUCAGAAAGUUCCUGGCCCUGUGGCUCAGAUGGCAGGGGCUCCGUCUUCCAUUCCUCCCGCCAGCAGCCUGUCAACACAUCUGUCCCCCUGCCGUGGCC